AUGUCCUCGCGAGAACCAGAAAUCAUCAUCAUCGGCGCCGGCAUCGUCGGCACCGCCCUCGCCUACUCUCUCUCCCACACCGGCCGCAAGAUCCUCCUCAUCGAGCGCGACCUCGCCGAACCAGACCGUAUCGUCGGCGAGCUCCUCCAGCCUGGCGGUGUCGCCGCCCUCGUCAAGCUCGGGAUGCAAGACGUCUUGGAAGGGAUCGAUGCGAGUCCGGUGGAAGGGUACUGCGUGUGUAAUGGAAAAGAACGGGUGGGCAUUCCGUACCCCGUUUUGGAAGAGAUGGCGAGGGCGGAUGCGUCCAAGGGGCCAGAGAUUCGGGAGAGUGAGGAGGCGGGGGUGAGGACGAAAAAGUGGCAUGUCGAUAGCGCAUCGGGGCUGAAAGAAGGACGCUCGUUCCACCACGGCCGCUUGAUCUCUGCGCUCCGCCGGAAAUGUCUGGACGACGCGCCGAAUGUCACUGUCCUCGAAGCGACCGUGCGCGACCUGCUCUUUUGCGAACACACCAACAAGGUCAUCGGUGUCUCUGCCGCCCCCAAGGGCGCUAAUGCUCAAAAGCACUAUGCCCCGCUGACGAUCGUCGCUGAUGGGUGCUUUUCGAAAUUCCGAUUGACGCCUGGGACGCGGACGCGGGUGCCGGAUACGCGAUCGCACUUUGUGGGCUUGAUCUUGAAUGACUGUGAGCUGCCGAUGAAGCAUUAUGGGACGGUAUGCUUGACGCCGAGUGGGCCUGUGUUGUUGUAUCAGAUCGGAGACAAGGCGGGCGAUAUCAGGAUGCUCGUGGACGUCAAGGGCAAGCUCCCUAGCGUUGCCGAUGGUUCUUUGAAAAACUAUUUGAUUGACAACUACCUCCCGCACAUCCCCGUCGAACUCCGUGACCCCCUCCUCAACGCCCUCUCCGCCCAACGCAUCCGCUCCAUGCCAAACUCUUACCUCCCACCCUCCAUCCAAGGCCUCGAAAACUCGCUCCAGGGCGCCGUCCUGGUCGGAGACGCCUACAACAUGCGUCAUCCCCUCACCGGCGGCGGCAUGACUGUCGCUUUCAACGAUGCUAUCCUCUUGACAGAGUACCUCCGUCCCGGCGGUGUGCUCCGGGGUAGACCGGCGGAGGAAGGGUUGGCCGAGGGACGGGAGGGUUUGGAGGAUUGGGAGAAGGUGGCGGAGAGGUUGAGAGAGUGGUUUUGGGAGAGAAAGCAGGUUAGCAGUGUGGUUAAUGUGUUGAGUAUGGCGCUGUACUCGCUCUUUGGAGGGUCUGAUAAAUCGGAUUUGGCGAUCUUGAGAGAAGGAUGUUUCAGCUAUUUCGAGCUCGGCGGCGAUUGCGUCGCAGGACCCGUCGGUCUUCUCUCAGCCCUGACGCCCCGCCCAAUGGUCCUCUUCUACCACUUUUUCAACGUCGCCUUCUACUCCAUCUACCUCCUCCUCAAGAAAGGCCCGCCUAAUAGGAGGAAUGGGAACGUUUUCGCUGCGAUUGUGAUGCUUCCGAUCAACUUGCUUCUCUCUCUUCGGGUCUUCUGGUCGGCGUGUGUGGUGUUGCUGCCAUUCAUGAUCACCGAGUUCAGAGCAUAG